AUGGUCAGAGACUGCAGGAAUAAUACAAGAGAUGGUCAGAGAUUGCAGACAUUAUACAAGAGAUGGACAGAGACUGCGGACAUGCUACAGGAGAUGGCCAGAGACUGCAGACAUUAUACAGAAGAUGGUCAGAGACUGCAGACAUGGUACAGAAGAUGGUCAGAGACUGCAGACAUGGUACAGGAGAUGGUCAGAGACUGCAGAUAUGGUACAGGAGAUGGUCAGAGACUGCAGAUAUGAUACAGGAGAUGGUCAGAGACUGCAGACAUGGUACAGGAGAUGGCCAGAGACUGCAGACAUGGUA